AUGGACGACGGGGAAACACCAGGUUUAGUGAACACCCCUGAUUCCAUGGAAUCUGAGAUAUUGUUUGUUGAAAAACCAAAGCUUUUUGGUAUUUUAGAUGUUGACUUAGAAGAUCUUACAACAAUUCCAAAAUUUACAGAACCAGAAACAUUAAAAGCACUAGACAUUCUUGGCUACAUACCUAAAGAUCUGACUGUUAUUUCCCCUGAUGAAUAUUCAAGUAUUCCUGGUUCUGAUGAUAUACGUGCUCGAGUAAUGAUAGAAUUAAAUAAAAGAAGGCUUGAAAUGAUUGAAAAAAUCAAACAGCUACGUGAAGAAAUCAUAAGAAGGCAAAAUGCUCGCUUACCAUCCCCCGAUGUCGAAGUUGAACCUUCUAAUGUUAGUAUUCCGCCAGCAAAGAAGAAAAGAAGAGGAGGUAAAAAGAAAAAGAAGUCGAAAGCUAAUACAGAAGAUCCUAAUGAAUCAAAUCCAAAAGCUAAAAAAGGUAAAAAGCGAAAAGGAAGGAAAUUUAAAAAGCCAAAGACUUUGUUACCUGUUGAUGUGCAUCGUGAGAGGAGAGAUGAAGCACUUGAAGCAGAGAGAGUUAAACUUCUUAAGGAUCUUGAAAAGAAAAAUGCUGAUAUUGAAAGGAGACUCAAGAAUGUUGAACAACAAAGAAGAGACAAAGCUCUUGAGAUGAAGAAGAGAGUGGAAAGAGCGAGUAAAGCAGCAAGCUCUCUAAGAUUGAAAGCAGAUAAAGAAAUAAUGAAUUCAAAUAAGAAAACGAUGAAUAAACUUCAAGGUGCUGAGAAGAGAAGACAACAAAUUCUAAAGGAAAGGCAAGAUUUAAUAAGGAAAAAAUCGUUAGAUAUGAGGAAGAAAUCAAAGGCAGUAGAAUCUGAGGCAAGAAAACUUGCAAAAGAAAAAGAAAGUAAGCUUUUGGCUUUGAUAAAGAAGCAAGAAGAAAGAAGGAAAAAACUUGAAGAAGAUAAGAAAAAGAAAUUAGCUGAAGUUCAACAAAGAAGGCAUGCAGAAGUAAUAUCUCGCCUAAAUUAUGAAGCAAAGCAUAACAAAUAA